GGAUUUGUAUAAGAGAUUUAUUCUAUCUACUCCAAGAACUCAACCCUUAAGCUGAAAUAUAUGGAUUAAGACUACAAUUCAAGAAUAAAAAGACAUUGACUUACGGGAUUCGUAUUGAUUCAUUAUCCAAAUAAGAUGUCUGAACCAACGCCCAUCGACUUCCCGAAACCGACGUCUAUUACAGGGGGCUGUCUCUGUGGCGCCAUCAGAUACAAGGUUGACUUCCCUAGUGACCAUGAUUUCUUGAAUUUGAGUAGAACAUGCCAAUGUACACAAUGUCGACGCAGCACGGGCAGCCUGUUUCUUCUAGCGCACACUGUCCCGUUGAGCGGCUUCGCAUUCUUAACCCCUACUACGACGCUUAAAAAUUUCAAUGCGACGCCGGGUUUUCAGCGCGCAUUCUGUACCGGCUGCGGAAGUUUUCUGUAUUGGCGGGACGAGUCGCGCGACGAUGUUGCAUUAGCGGUAGGGACCGUGGACCCGGAGUUCCUAUCCGAGUACGGGUUCGCGCUUGCGAAUGCCUCGGGAGACAAUGUUUGGUGCCAGAAUGAGAUCAAGGGCGUUACCGAUGGGAUGAUUGGUAAGGAGAGAGGCAUCAAAUGGGCGACGAGUAGCAAAGAAGGCAUUAAAAUGUAAGAUGCAGCGAAGUGCUAAUGCGUACUUACGUCAAUAAUGAAGUCUAGGAAAGAUGUCGAGUAACUGCCCGUGACUGGCUCGUCAGUGGGAUUAAAGAUGAUUCUAAAAUAACAAACUGAGCGCUAAACAUUAUGAAGGCAGGAGGGGUAGAGACACUAGCUUGUGAUUAUAUUGGCGCUUUAGAAAGUUGUUCAACUAAGCGAUCAUUAUCUAAGAAACUGUAGGAAGGCAUCAGUGGUUUAGUGGUAAAAUCCAUCGUUGCCAUCGAUGGGCCCCGCGUUCGAUUCGCGGCUGAUGCAUAUAUAUUUUGCCUUUCGACAUGUA